UUCUACCAAGGGUAUGAAUACUGUCAAAGUCUGUGUCACAAAAUAAAUUCUAUCCACAUCCACAGAGAAAUCUCAAAACCUGAACAAAUAAACCAUCUGCUACUAGAGGUGGAGGGAGACUUGAGAAUAGAAUAGUUAAUUGGGUACACAUAGCUAAAACAGUCCUGCAAUAGAUCCAACCUUCAGGAAGGUUGAAGUUGUUUUAGAGAGGUGUUGAUAAAGACUUUAUGAUCAUGUUGGAUGAUGUAGUUUGUGGUGAUGUUACAAUAUGGGAGAUGUUUCUAAUAUCUAUCCUACUAACUGAUAUAAACAUGGAAAAAAUAUUAGAAACACUUCACAGUAUAAUGCAACAGCACAAAAGGUAGUCCUUCAGGUACCAAUCACUGCAGGGAUGUAUUAGAUGGUGCUUCUUUAAGCUAGGUGUACCCAAACAAAAUAUAUAUAUAUAUAUAUAUAUAUACAGGGACUCAGUAUUCAUACAGUCCUCAAUAGGGCUGUGUAUUAGCAAGAAUCUGGUGAUACGAUAUAUAUCACACUGCAGCGGUUACAAUUUUUUUAGUUUUUGGAGGUUAGUGGCCCAAUAGUACAACUGCAUAUUGGGAAGUACAAGGCCCCCAUCUUGUCUGGGCCUCUGGAAAAUUGAUAUUUGAAUCCUGGGGGGCUUGCCUGCCAUGAUGUAAGAAAGUAUACUGGUAUUAAGUGAUUUAAAAAAAGAUUUGGGGAGUAAGAUAGGAAAAGUCUGAAAAAGAAAUAGGAUUUGAGGUAAUACAUUAAUUUUAAUUGUUUAGAUUCAACCCAAAAGUGAAAGAGGUAACUUCAUCCAAUUCAAUCCGUGCAAUUUAAUCUUCUCAGUCAAUUCCACAAAGUUAUUCUUGUGAAGUGAACUAAAGGAGUGAGAGAUGUUUACACCUAAAUAUUUAAAGCCACUGGGAGAUAAGUGAAAAGGUAGUGCAUCAGGAGGGAUGGAUUUGGCUGACUGGUUUACAGGAAAACAUACAGUCUUUGCAAUAUUCAGAUUUGUAACCUGAAAGUACUCAGAAGGUCUCUAACAAAUUUACUAUUCCGUCAACACAAUUUACUGGGUCUUGUACGUAUAAUAAUAAAUCAUCAGCAUAUAAUGCUACCCUGUGUUCAAAUCCCCUGUUUAUGCCUGAGAAUAGCUAUAGACAGAGGCUAUUCCCCCUGGAAUUACAGAGGCAUUUGUUAUUUAUGAUACACAAGACAGAUAAGACUGAGCAUAAAACCAGUAAUUUGGGACCCAGAGGGAAAGAGAAAAGGGGAACGAAAGAGAAAGAAACACAAAAACAAACCAACAGACAAACAACGAGAAAAAGAAAAAAAACCCACCGCAGGACAAAUCACACAGUCCCCCCUAAAGUGCCCACCCUGUAUAUGCCCCUGAUUCCCACAUAGCUUACAUCAGUUGAAGAAUACAGUAAUGGAUGUUUGAUGCUCGCUCGUUUAAAAACAACUAGCUGCCAGAACCAGUGUACACAAAGUCCUGAUUUUGAUUUUAAUAAUUUCAAUAACCCCCUUGCCCCCUUUUUAAAAAAUGGUUUGAUCCACGAUUCGUUCUUCCUCAUGGGAAGAGGGGGCGCAGGGGCUGGAGUAUACGUUAGCUGUCAUCGGGCAACACUCUGGACAAGUCGCCAGUUCAUUGUAGAGCAACGAUUCCUAGUGUAGCUAACUGAACGUUACUAAUUUGGAGGCUAUCUACAACAGACUGUGUGUUUCACACAUAUUAUCACUGUCGGACAGUACUCCAGUAAGCACCCACUCACUUAAGAGGCUGCAUUGAAUUGUAUUAUGACGCAUACAAGUUCUACUCAGUAAUUAUGAGUAUUAGGCGAAGGUCAAUUAAGUUAUCAUGAUGUGUUCAAAUGUGGUCUUGUAAAAUGUUGUUAUUGGUGGGACAUUUGAAUAACCUAAAUACAAAAAUAGUUAAAUGUUCAAAGAUUUUUUGGUGUUUUUUUCACAGCAAUGUAAAAUAAAAGACACCAUAAUAGCCGAGAAUAACAAAGUGAAAGGACAAUUUAGAAUUUUGGACAGUUUACACUGACUUUGGGAUGGUUUAAAAUAUUUUUUUGCCUGACAAGGGUCACAUUACUAAAAAGAGCUUGCCCUCCACAUACAAUGGCAAAGUGAAGCUGUCUGCCUAGAGCUAUGGUACUGAGAAGCCCAUUUAGAAGACUAGAACGAGAAGAACCAGCAAUUUGUGUCCUAUAUAUGGAUUGUAAUGUUCUGGGAAAAUGAGUUCAUGUCUUGGAAUCCAAAGGAAUUCUGCGGUAUCUACUGUCUUAUUCUUCCUUCUGAGCUACUGUGGAAGCCAGAUCUCACUAUUAUAGAGAUGACAGAGAAGGAUAAAGCCCCUCCGACUCCUUAUCUCCAUAUUACAGCCAAUGGUUUUGUCGAAUCUAUAAACAACCAGGUGAUCAUCAGCACCUGCAGGAUGCAGGUUUACAAAUUCCCCUUCGACAUUCAGAGCUGCAACAUCUCUGUGAAGUCUGUCAUACACUCUGACUGGGAAAUGGAUCUUUUGGUGUUUAACAAUAAGUCCAAGAUUGCAGACUUGAGGCAUGAUUUCAUCCAGUACGAGUGGCUGUUUGUCAACAUGACAGUCUCCAAAAUGAAAGACGACAGCACUGUCUGCGGCCAAAGCAGGAUUGUUUACACUAUCAACAUGAAGAGGCGGUCAAUCCUCUACAUCAUCAAUUUCUUGCUGCCCGUCUUUUUCUUCUUGUGUCUGGACAUUGCCUCCUUCCUGAUCUCAGACAUCGGGGGCGAGAAGCUCAGCUUCAAGGUCACCGUGCUGCUUGCCGUCACCGUGAUGCAACUUAUUCUGAAUGAAAUUCUGCCUUCCUCUUCAGACCGAGCUCCACUUAUAGCACUCUACUGUAUUGGCAUCUUUGGUUUGAUGAUGCUGAGCCUCGUGGAGACGAUCGUGGUGAUGAGUCUAAGGGCUAGAGACUCCCAAGACAACGAGGCAGAUAAAGAGCAAAGCCUGAGUGAGGACUGUGGAGACAAACGAGGCAAAGUCAGCUUCAAGAACUGUUUUAGAGACGUCUCUGAUGUGUCUCCUGGUGUAACGCCAUCUGAACUGCUGCCGAUGGCCAAAGAGGGUAGCAGCAUCCAGCUGAUGGAGGAGUCCCAAGACUUUGAAAAGCUGUUGAAAACACUGGUUGUGCUUCUCAGGAAGGAAGAAAAGAAACCCGGCUACUGGACCAGAAAGACCAAAACUAUCAACAAAGUCUUCUUCAUUUUCUAUGUGAUAGCUGCCACUCUGUUUCUAGUCUUUAUGUUUGUCAGUUGGAAUUCAGAAGACUAAUAUUAGUGCUGAAUAAUGAAACAUAACAUACGUUACUUCCCAGAGGUCGUAUACACAAAGUCACACCAUGCUGCAGGUCAUGUGUUCAUUUCUUGGUGACUUUCCUGAAUCAUCGGCAGAAAGUCAGUCAAUGCUGCAGUUCAAGGUGAAGUUGUGGUGAUUAGAAAGUCACAAACCACACACCUUACACUUGCUCCCCCCUAUCCUCGAUACAUAAUCUGUACAAUCAGUUUUGCAUCUUUUUCUGCUGAGUCAGUAAAGCUGACGAGUAAUGGUGUACUUGGUAUUUAAGGUUGUAUUUAAUCCUUCAGUGGUUCAACUACACACAUCUGACAUCUGCAUGUUUCACACAGUGGUUCACAUCAAACACGUUGUAAUAUUCUAGAAGACUAAUGUGCCAUGAAGUGAUCGACAUAUGUCUUUUGCUAUACAACAAGUAUAGUCUGUAUGUAUAAUAAUACAUGCAGACUGAUAUAAUUGCAUGUUUUCCUACAUAAAUAUAUAUUAUGUAAUAAAGGCAAACCUUAUAAUCCACCUUAAGACAUAUUAAAAUAUUUAAAAUAUUAAGCACGCAAUUCAGUACAAGACGAUAGAAUAUUCUGACGAUAUAAAAUGUUUUCUAUAUAAUUUUAUAAUCUUUAAAUGUAGCUAUAUGCUUUCAUAAUCAAUUAAUAGCCUGAUAUCUGCUCUGAAGAGAUGUUUCAGACUCUUUGUAAUGCGGAAAUAAACAAAUAAAACAAAA